CACCUUAAGGUGACGUGUGGCUCUCUGCCGCAGUGCAUUCUGGUCCAGACACUGGCCCGGCUGGCUCGCAUUCUGCAAAAUGGCGACGUCCCUUGGCUCCAACACCUACAACAGACAGAACUGGGAAGACGCGGAUUUUCCAAUUCUGUGUCAGACAUGUUUGGGAGAAAAUCCUUACAUCCGUAUGACUAAGGAGAAGUAUGGGAAAGAAUGCAAGAUCUGUGCUCGACCCUUCACUGUUUUCCGAUGGUGUCCGGGGACACGGAUGCGUUUCAAGAAGACGGAGGUCUGUCAGACCUGCAGUAAAAUGAAGAAUGUUUGUCAGACAUGUCUGCUAGACCUGGAAUAUGGUUUGCCUAUCCAGGUGCGAGACACUGGGCUUUCUGUUAAGGAUGAGGUUCCUAAGUCAGAUGUGAACAAAGAGUACUACACUCAGAACAUGGAGAGAGAGAUAGCAAAUACUGAUGGCACACGGCCGGUGGGCCAGUUGGGCAAGGCUCCUAGCUCCAGUGAUAUGUUGCUGAAACUGGCCCGUACGACGCCAUAUUACAAGAGGAACCGGCCGCACAUCUGCUCCUUCUGGGUGAAGGGAGAGUGUAAGAGAGGGGAGGAGUGUCCCUACAGGCAUGAGAAGCCCACGGACCCAGACGAUCCUCUGGCUGACCAGAACAUAAAAGACCGUUACUACGGUAUCAAUGACCCGGUUGCAAACAAGCUGCUGACCAGGGCCUCAACCAUGCCAAGACUGGACCCACCUGAUGACAAGUCGAUCUCCACCCUCUACAUUGGGGGUUUGGGAGAUACUGUCACGGAUGGAGACCUCAAGAGCCACUUCUACCAAUUUGGUGAGAUUCGUACCAUUACCAUCGUCCAGCGGCAGCAGUGUGCCUUCAUCCAGUUUGCCACACGCCAGUCUGCUGAAACGGCUGCAGAGAAGUCCUUCAACAAACUGAUCAUUAAUGGACGAAGGCUCACUGUCAAAUGGGGAAGGUCUCAGGCAGCAAGAGGAAAGGAGGGUAUCAAAGAAGGUGUCAGCGAGAUGGGCACCAGACUUGAUCCUGUACCUGGACUGCCUGGAGCUCUCCCUCCACCACCACCUUUGGAUGAAGAGACUCCUGCAAAUUACUUCAACCUCGACCCGGGCACUUCUCCUGCUGUCCUGAACAUAGCUCUGCCCCCACCACCAGGAAUCAACCCACCUCCCCCAGGUUUUGGGCCUCCAAUGUUUCACCCCAUGGCUCACAUGGCUCCACCUAUGCCCCCUCCAAUGAACAUGAGACCUCCUGGUCAUAUUCACUACCCCUCCCAGGAUCCUCAGCGCAUGGGUGCCCAUGCUGCACAUGGCGCACGCCAUGGAGAGUAGCUUGUAGUGCAAUCAUACUGUGAUUAGCUUUCAUUCUUUUUCUCCGGUUGACCUGGUCAGGUGCCUUCUACUCAGAUGAUGUGUCAUGGCCUGCAAAUAGCAAACUACAGGGAGGAAUAUACUGUUAAAAAAAAAAACAGUGAUUUCUUAGAGGAUAUCAUCUGUUUUAUUAUGCCACUUGCAGUAAAGUUAAUGAACUGAAGGAGCACCAUCUGUGUAUGGAGCGAAGAUAACUCUGUAGCAACUGGAAAGUUAAAAAGCACCAGAGCAGCAUCUACGCAGUGGAAUUUCACAAAGUAAAAGGCUUCAAACAUAAGAGAGCUGACCAAUAUGAUCAGGUAUUUUAAAGGACUGGUGUGUUCAGCGCUGUUGUACAUAUAAAACUGAAUACUUUAGGUUAAACAUGUAUCUGUCUCAUUGUUUCAAGCAUCACAUUUACUUCUGAGGAACAAUUUUAAACCUUUAAAUUUCCAGUUACAUUUACUUUUUUUAUUUGACAGAAUCUUAAUUUUCCACAACAUAAGGUAUUUGGUAUUGUUGGUCUUUCUUUGUAUGAUGUUUUCACUUAUUAAAUUGACCCAAAUUUUGUCAUUAAGA